UCGAAGCAGCAAGUCGUGAGGUGCGAUCGGCGCUGCGUGAAACAGGUGUUCACAUCCAAGAUAUUCCAAAGUUUGAAGCGUUAUGCUUACUUUAUCUAUGCAGAACCUUGCUCGUGUAGGUCAGCGUGCGCUCGCUGCAGGGGCGGCGCCCUUGAGCAGCAGCAGCGCCCCGGCAGCGGCAGCGGCGCCCCUGGUGCCCGGGGAGCCCGCGCAGCCCGUCGUGAGGACGGACAUCCCGGGCCCCAACUCCCGGGCCUACCUGCAGCAGCUGAGCAGGAUAACGCCGUGCCAGACGGUGCAGGUAUUCGUAGACUACGACAAAAGUGUAGGCAACUACCAAGUAGACGCGGACGGCAACGUGCUGCUGGACGCCUUCACGCAGAUCUCCUCCUUGCCGCUGGGCUACAGCCAUCCAGACCUGCUGGACACGCUCGUCCGGCCCCAGAACCUGAGAGCCUUCGUCAACCGUCCUUCACUGGGUGUCUUCCCGGGGGCAGACUGGGGGCAGCGUCUGCAGACCUCCCUGAUGACGGUUAUGCCAGCAGGGAUGACGUCGGUGACGACGAUGUCGUGCGGGUCGUGCAGUAACGAGAACGCCUUCAAGGCGAUAUACUUCUGGUACAGGACCAAACAGCGCGGCUCUGCCACCGACAUCCCCCACGAGGACUUAGAGUCCUGCAUGUGGAACAAGCCCCCCGGCAGUCCUAAUUAUGCCUUACUCAGCUUUGAAGGAGCAUUUCACGGGCGCACGAUGGCCAGCCUGGCCGUGACGCACUCCAAGCCCAUCCACAAGCUGGACAUCCCCUCCAUGGACUGGCCCAUCGCCCCCUUCCCCCGCUACCAGUAUCCUCUGGGGGACUUCGUGCAGGAGAACAAGAGGGAGGAUGACCGCUGCAUCGCCAGG